UCAAAAAUUCAGGUUAUCUUUAUUGAUUCUCCGACCAACCCACACAACUCAGUGCAAUUUUUUUUAUCUAUUGUCUCAUCACCAUGACGACGAGCGAUGUUCUCAAGGCUGCAUUCUCCAAUAACGAAUACACUUCUGAGGAGAAAGACAAAUUGGUCAAAUUCAGGAGCAAUUUAGCAGGUCUCUCCCUAACCAAGGACCAAUUGGAUGACUCGUACCUCAUCAAAUGGCUCCGAGCUCGGAACCUCGAUCUCGUCAAGGCCGAAGACAUGUUCCGAACUUCCAUGAAAUGGAGGAAAGAUAACCAGAUUGAUACCUUACUCGAGCGAGAGGGUAACGUGCCCGAGGAGCUGCAAAGAUUGAUCCCACUGGCUUUCUGUGGAAUUUCAAAAGAGGGCUAUGCUACAUUUUUGGUCCCCUUUGGGCGACAUGACGUUCGCGGAAUGCUGGACAAAUAUGGACUAGAAACGUGUAAAAAAUUUAAUAUGCUUUUCAUGGAACAAUGGGUCAAGAUUAUGAAAGAAGAAGGCGCAAAGAAAGGGGUCCAAUGCACGCAAAUCAUUGAAAUUUGUGACUGUGAAGGUUUUUCUUACCGUCAAAUGGCAACUAAAUCCUGUCGAGAUUUCAUGACUGGGACGCAAGCCGUCAUGGACGCCAAUUAUCCAGAACUCCUUCGUCUCUGUAUGAUUGUCAACGCUCCGAAGGUUUUUGAGCUGAUUUACAAUAUUCUGAAGCCUCUUUUGCCAAAGUCCACUUCUGACAAGAUUGACAUUUAUGGGAGUGACAAAGACACGUGGAAGAAGAUUGUAAGAGAAAGAUUUCCAUUGGAAUUGAUUCCGACCAACUGGGGAGGAGAGCUGGUGACGGAAGACGAGUAUGGGAGUGGACACCCCAUAUGGAUACAAGGUCCAAAAGAUAUGUCGGCCUUUAUGAAGGGAUUAACCGAGGAGGACGCCGCCUUCACAAAAAUUGUUGUCGCCCCUCGUGAACGAUUCAUCCAAGAGGUUCAAGUCUCCGAUAAGCAGACAAUCCUCGAGUGGAAAUUUAAAUCUGAGGGACAUGACGUCGGUUUCCAUCUAUUUUAUUCUAAGGAAGCUCGUGCCAAGAAGGACCAGUGGGAAGAUAUCGUCCCCUUGGCGCGGGUGGACGCUCACACCCAAGUUCAGGAAGGGUCCCACAUUUGUGAAAAAGAGGGCAUCUACUCCCUCGUUUGGGACAAUGGAUUCAGCCUCAUGAAGUCAAAGACGAUCCUUUACCAGAUAUCCUUCAUCGAUCAACAAGAGCAGGAAAAGUUGGACGCAUAGUUAAAGUGCAUUUAAAAGGAGCGUGUGGUACAUGUUAAAUGUAUUUAAAUUGUCCAAUUGUAGAUAUGUAAAAAAUAAAUCCUUCAUGAUUAGGUACAAAAGCGUGUAUAAAUAAUAUGCAAUUGAUAAUACUUACGUACGCGACGGUCUUAUGUAUAUCGGUAAUAUUAACAGAUAAAAAUGACUCGCAAUAAAAAACGACAUUCUCGUGCUAUUUAUCAA